AUAUAAUAUAAAUAUGUGUAAUUAUUUAUUUUAUAGAAAAGUGAUUCUAAAAUGAAGUACAAAAGCUAACAAUCAAAAUAUGCUAAAAUGGCUGUGAUUUCAAAGGUUCUAUCUUUAAACUACCAGAGCAGGUUGAAACUUGUCUCCGGAUUCCAUGGACUCAAUGAACUCCACCAGCAGCGAUGGUUUAGUACGGAACUAGGUUUUAAACCCAGGAUUAAUUUAAAACUAGGCCCUGAUCGAAUCCUUCCUGCCAUCAGCCCUGUUACUGUUAAUCUAGAUGGAGUUGUUCAGCUGAGAAUGGGGGAAGGAUUAGGAAGUCGUGAACCUAUAUCCUGUUAUUCUUCCAUCCUGAAAACAGUUGAAACCGUCCCUGGAGCAACAGCUAUUGUUGAUCCAACAAGGAGCUGGACUUAUGAAGAGUACUUUAAACAGAUCUUGUGUGUAAGUCGAGCAUUCAUUGAGCUGGGUCUUCAACCUCAUAGAACUGUAGCUAUUAUAGGAAGCAACAGUCCAGAGUGGGUUUUCUCCGCGGUCGGAGCAGUUUUUGCAGGAGGACUGUACUCUGGGGUUUAUACUACAAAUACAACAACUUCUGUACUCUAUCAACUUCAGCACAGUAAAGCAAACAUAGUUGUUGUUGAGGACGAAAUUCAACUUAAAAAGAUUCUCCCACAUAGGGAUCAACUACCUGACCUACGUGCUAUAAUAAUGUACGGUGAGAUACCUGAGGAGGACGGGGUUCUCUCCUGGGAGGAAUUUCUAAAUAUUGGCAACUCAGUUGCUGACCUGGAGCUAAGAUCUCGCCUGGAAGGUCAGGCGAUCAACCAGCCGGCCAUCCUCUGCUAUACCUCAGGAACAACGGCUAAGCCCAAGGGAGCGCUUCUCUCACAGGAUAACAUAACCUGGACAGUUGCUAGUGCGGUGGAAACGUAUAAGCUCAAGUUUGGAGAAGAAUCAAUGCUCUCUUACCUUCCUCUUUCUCACAUAGUGUCCGUUGUAUCUGAUAUCUGGAUGUUACCAAGUAUAGCAGGAACACUUCACUUUGUUAGAAGAGAUAGACUUCGUGGAUACCUUCUCCAGUCCCUCAUUCAAGCACGUCCUACCAGGUUUGUAUCUGUUCCCCGGGUGUAUGAAAAGGUCCAAUCCGAACUAGAGGCAGCAUUCGGAGAAGCACGAGGAGGACGCGCAAAACUUCUUUCCUGGGCACGGAAUGUUUCAACUCAACACUACGAUUCAAUCCUAAACGGUGGAAAAGGUUUAGGACUUAAAUACUCUCUUGCUCAUAAACUUGUUCUCAGCAAGAUUCAUCAGAAACUAGGAAUGGAAAGGUGCCUAGAAGGACUGUACAGCGGAGCUGCUCCUCUUUCAACGGAAACCAGCCAAUUUAUGAAAAGUUUGGGAUUAAUUGUAUCUGAAAUAUAUGGUAUGACUGAGAACCCAAACCAGACUGCCAACCAGUUCCUGCCUCUAGAGCAGGACGUAGUGGAACAUUAUAAACUUGGAAGCGUGGGACGGAGCGCAGUAGGUUGCCAAACCAAACUUCAUCUCCAGGAUCCUCGGGACGGAAUAGGAGAGGUGGCUUGCUCCGGUCGGAACGUGUUUAUGGGAUAUCUCCGGGACGCGACCAGAACCAGAGAAACAUUUGACCGAGGUUUCUGGCUCCUAACCGGAGAUAUGGCCACUAUAGAGGACGGAUUCAUCACAAUUAAAGGACGGAUCAAGGACGUUAUCAUCACGAGCGGAGGGAAGAAUAUUGCUCCGUAUCCUCUGGAGAAGAAAAUAAAGGGAAUGCUCGCGGAUCUUGUGAGUCACUGUAUGGUUGUUGGGAAUAAACAAACACAUCUGACGUGUCUUAUCACUGUCAAAGCAGUGCUGGACCCUGCCACGCUUGAGGUGACCGAUCAGCUUGAAGCCUGUGCUUGGGAGUUCUGUUUGAAGCAUGGUUGUAAACCUAGCUCUGUAUCCGACCUUGCCAAGAAUAAAGAGAAGUAUUCAGGAGUGUAUGAUGCCAUUCUCAGUGUACUGGAACAAAUAAACAAGGACUCUCCUAGCCAGGCUGCUAGAAUAAGAAAGUUCACUCUUCUUCCAGUAGAUUUCUCAGUAUCAGGAGGAGAACUAGGACCAACCAUGAAGAUGAAAAGGCACGCUGUAGAGGAGAAAUAUAAAACAGAGAUCAAGGAUAUGCACGCCUCUACAGAGAGAACCAGUCUUUGGGACGAUUAAAAAUGUUCAAUAGUCAUAGGAAGGCUUGAAAACAGUCUUAAAUAGGAUUUUAGUCUUGGGAAGAAUUAGAAUUGGUCCAAAGGCGGGUAAUCAUAAAUCUGGAUGGAUUAGACUUUUUCUCCGGAGGGAUUUAAAUAUGUCCUGGGAUGGAUUUAUCAGUCCGGCUGAAUUAGACUUAGUGCCAGGACGGAUUUGAAUCUACUCCAGUGAGGACUAUAUUCUAUAGUUUGAGUUCCAGGAUGGAUUAAAAUCAGUCCUAUUAGUAUUAGAUUCAGUCUAUAAGCUCAAAAAAGGAUAAGUAGUUUCAGAAAAGUAUCUAAAUCAGUCUGAAAAGGAUCAUAUCUAAACAGUGUCUGUUUUAUAAAGCAAUUCCAUGCAAUUCUGUUAUAAAUUUAUCUGUAAAUAGAAGAUUUUAUAAUAAUUUAUAAAUUGCAAUAGAUAUUUGUAUUUUGUAAUAAUAAUGAUAUUAUAUAAUAUA